AUACUUUAUAAGUCAGUUCCAUAAAUAAAGGAACGAGAUAACGAUUAGAAACUUGAGACUCUUCUACUGAACAAAAUAGGCACACAAAAUGCUUGUUUUGAUUUUUGCACUAACUUUAUCAAUUACCGGAUCAUGCUUACAACGUGAUCAGUGGAAUCAGACGCAUCUCAAUAAAAGGGACGGAAAAUGUGGAAAUUAUCCAACUUCGUGCAUUAUACAUCACGUUUACGGCAGUAAACGACCAUUGGCACCACUGAAAGAAGACUCUAGAUCACUAUCUGACUUGUACAAAGCUGCUCUUUCAGAGGGUGGGAAAUUGCUCGUGUAUGCCGGUGGGGAUACGCCGAGUCAAUUAGAUUCCAUCAAGUCCGCAUUUGUCGACAGAUUUCCAGGAAUUAAUCUCGAGAUUGUGAUCGACUUUAGUAAAUACCAUAAUGCCCGCAUAGACAACCAGAUAAAGCUUGGGACUCUCCUCCCUGAUUUAGCACAUCUGCAGACGUUGCAAGACUUUGACCGUUGGAAACAGCGGGGUGUUCUUUUACCAUACAAACCAAUUGGGUGGGAUUCCGUGUACCCUCAGUUUAAAGAUCCGUCCGGGUAUUACACCUCUAUUUAUGUUGACGCAUUUUCAACCAGCGUGAAUAAAGAAGUUCUUGGACCCAACGAGGAAGGUUGGCCUACAGAAGCGGAAGACUUCCUUAAUCCAAUGCUCAAAGGGAAAAUUGUGUCAACUUAUCCAAAUGACGAUGAUGCAGUGCUCUACUGGUACAAGAUGGUAGUGGAGAAAUAUGGCUGGAGUUGGUUGGACCAGUUUAUCAAAAAUGAACCACUUUUCGUCAGAGGAACCCAAGAACCAUGGGAUCUGGUUUGGAAUAGCUCUGCAAAAAUUGGAGCAACUUUCUCCACGGAUGGAUUCUUGAAGGAGAACACAGAUCCAGUCCAGUUUAUUCUGCCCAAAAAAGAUCCUUUCGUAUCUUGGGGGCAAAGAGCUGCUAUUUUCAAAGGGACACAGAACUUGGCAGCUGCACAGCUUUAUCUCAGUUGGUGGUUGGAUAUGCAGACGCAGAGGGACACUUGGUACAUGUGGAGUGUUCGAAAAGAUGUCCCAGUUCCGGUCGGAUUUAAAAGUAUUUGGGAAUAUCAAGGGCAAACAGACCCUGUAGCUUUUCAAGAGUGGAUGCGAGAUCGAGGAGAGGUAGAAAGGUUCAAGUCGCAGGUCACACUUUACGUAGGCGAGGUAAAGGGGGAUUUACCGACGGGUAAUUUAGGUCUCUUUCCAGACAAGAUGAUAAAUUAAGUAAAUGCGUAAAUACAAAAUUACUCUACACACAUCCUCGUAUCCAUUGCGCUAUGGAAAUAAAAUCCACGUCAUUCGUCAACCUUUAUCAUACAUAAACGCGUAUUAUUACAUCCUCUUCCGUUUAUUAGAAUCAAGGUCCAAUUAGUUGUCUGUACAGUAAUUUGAGUGACUCAUUCUAUCGCAAAUUGCAUUUUUUACCUCGAAUUGUAUACACAAAUAUCUGGACUUCGCUCACGAUGAUGAAUUGUUUAAUUGCACGUCGGCUAGUACAUAAGUCAAUAGGAAAAACGUAAUUGAAAUAAAGAAAGUGUCACGUGUCACUAAAUUUUA